AUGCCUGCUAGAAAUCAAAAACAGCAGAAUACAAGGCAGCAUUCAAAUGUUGCGGAGUUUUGUGAUAUAUGUUUUGGUAUAUCAGUGCAGUUCGCGCGUAAAUGUCUUUACUUAAGAACAGAUCGAAAAGCAGUCUUCCAUUUUUUGGCUGUAUUAUUACUUUCAUUAACUGCUAUAUUUGUACGCUUUCCUGAUCACUACUAUUUCGUACAGAAAGACAAUAUUUUAAACCACUAUUUUGUGAAAUUGAGUUGGUUCUGGACGUGCAUUGUUGUAUGUCCAUUUAUUUGGCACGUUUCGGUUGCUACUGGACAAAGCUUGUUUGGGAUUAUAUUAAAUUUAAGUCGCAUGGUAGUCGCUACAAUUACUUGGUAUUAUUGUACACAUGGAUUUUCGAUAUUCGAACGAAUGACUGGAUAUUGUCAUGGAUCUAAAUUGAGUCCUCGUUCAUCUUGUGCUGGUGAUGGUGGUAAAUGGGUGCCAGGUUUUGAUAUCAGUGGCCACUGUUUCAUACUUAUCUAUAGUAUUCUUAUCAUGUGCGAAGAAGCAUUAGCUUUCCGUCAUAUAACAUUUUCUCAUCGUUCACAAAGGACUCCAGUGCAAAAUGAGAAUCUGAUUAAAAUUUACUUUCUGUCCAUGUGUGCUCUUCAUCUUCUUUGGGAUUUCGAGUUAUUAAUCUCAGCGCUCUAUUAUCACCAUAUAAUUCACAAAAUUAUGGGUUCGCUAGUUGCUAUUCUUUGUUGGUACUUCACGUAUCACGUUUGGUUCAGGAAAUUUGGAGUUCCACCUCUGCCUUGGCAACCGCGUAAAGUAUCUCGUUAA